AUGAAAGAGAAGCCACGUGCUCCUGAGCCGCAUGAACCAGGCCCUCCGAUGUACACCGUCACCCUGCUGACGCUUUCAGGCUCACCCAGCGCGGAGUUCGAGCUGCCGCCGGCCACCUCGGUCGGCGAGAUCUUGCAGAAGGCUCGCACCACGGCCUCCGAUGGCCGCGCGCAGUUGAAGCUGCUACUUCAGGGUCGGGAACUGCAGGCGAAGGAGACCUUGUGUUCCCUGGGCUUGCCUCCGCCUCCCUCUGUGGUGGAGCUGCAGCUCAUCUGCCAGCCGAGGCUCGUCGAGCGCAUCUCUGCACAAACCUCCGAUUACCAGAGGGUGUCUAUCGGGAUCUGCGGGCAGCGGGGGGCAGGAAAGACGUCUCUCAUGAACCAAUACGUCGAUCGAGCCUUCGUCACGGAUGAGUUUGUGAGCGUCAUCCCCAUCGAAUUCAAGAUUGCGAACCUACGUGUCGAACGUGACGCAGCCUUCGUUCCUGUCAAGCUCCAACUUUGGGACUUGCACGGUAGAAGAAGCAAUCAGUACGAGCCUCGUGUGCACUCGAACAUGUUCCGGAACAUGGUGGCCAUACUCUUUGUUGCCGACCUGGAGUCGCUUGCGCUAGACGAGAUUAAGACACUACUGGACAUGUCUGCGCCCACGUCCGUCCUGGAGAGAGUACUGGUGGGCAACAAGGCAGAUGCGUGCGCCCCCGGAAGCCGCGAGGCAGCUCAGGCCUUCGCUGCGGAGCGGGACCUUCCCUACUUCGAGACCUCUGCCAAGGACUAUGAGAGUGUGGAGCCGGCGAUGCACCAGAUUCUGCUUUCCGUGCUGGAUAAGCUGGAGCUGAAGUUGACGCCCUUAUCCAAGCACGAACCCGACCCUCCACCACCUCCCCCGCCCAAACACUGCACUUUGCAAUGA